AUGAAAGCAUUAAGUAAAAAUAGUAUUAAUGAAAAUAUUAAAAGUACAAAUAAUGAAAAUGAAUUGAAUAAUAAGAAUACAAUAAAUAAUUUUCUAUUACAUGUAAAAAACGGAUUAACUCAAUUAGAAAAAACAUUAAGUGGUGAAGGAUAUGCAUUUAGUAAUUUAAUUUGCAAAAAUAAAAACAUAGACAAUAUUCCUAAAGAAAUUGAAAAAUAUAGACAUUUGAAAUAUAUAAAUAUGUCAAAUAAUAAAAUUAGUGAUAUAAAAAAUUUAUGUUUAUUACCUAAUAUAGUUUUUUUAGAUAUUUCUUUUAAUGUAAUAGAAAAUUUAAAAGAUUUUAAAAAAAACUGUUUAGAAAAUUGCUUAUAUAUAAAUAUUUCUCAUAAUUUAAUUAAAAAUAUAGAAAAAAUAUGUUUGAAGAGCAUAAUUGAAUUUGAUUUAUCAUAUAAUAAUAUAAGCAAUUUCAAUAUUUACUUUUCAAAUACAAUAAAAAAGUUAAAUCUUUCAAACAAUUAUAUUAAAAAUUUAAGUUUUAAAAACAAAUUAACUAAUUUAGAAUUUUUAGAUUUAUCAUCUAAUCCUCUUGAAAAUUUAGAUUUUUAUGAAAACACACCAAAUUUAAAUUUUUUAAAAAUAAAUAAUAUUUCUACAUUAGAAAAGGAUAAAUUGAAAAGUUUAAAUAACUUUAAGUUUUUAGAAUAUCUAGAUAUGGAUAAUUAUUUUUACUUUAAAGAUAUUUCAUACAAAGAAAUUAAAAAAAUUAUUAUAACUAAUACUAAAGAUAUUAAUUUAUUAAAAUUUAAUGGGAGAAGAAUAUUGAAUAAAAUAUAA